AUGUGGCAAAGAAUACCUACAACUUACAAAAAAUAUAGCUUGCAACCAAAUGCUCAGGUUCCGAGAACAACACUUUUUAGGAGACGAACUUCAGAUAUUGAAAAUAGAAGGAAGUAUGAGCAAUAUGCUGCAGAAUUCAGAUACAAAUUUGAGCAUCAUUAUGAACAAUUGGAACCUACUUCGUCACGUUCAACAAAUAAACAUGAAAUUAUGGAAACAAGUUAUAAGCCAAUACAAUUAUUUAAGCUACAGGAGUACGAGAUUAGUGCCAAAAGGAAAAGACGACAUUCUUUUUCAGAUUAUAAAGAUAGGAUUGGGAGUUCAAUAGAAGAUAACUACAAUGCUGCAGCAGUAUAUUGUUGUGUUUGUUGUGUCGACUCUUUUGCUAGGCCACCAAUUCAAGGUUUUAUCCAAUUCAAUGGUAGAUAUGGCUGCCCUUGGUGUUUGCAUCCUGGGCAAUGGAUAGCAAAUCCACUAAAAGAUAAAGGUGGCAGUCACAAAUAUCCAUUAUUGGAAACACCUGUUGGUCUACGAAAUGUAGAAGACACGCUUAAGCAUAUCGAACAAGCAGAGCCAAACAAACCAUGUUUUGGUGUUAAAAAUCCAUCCGAAUGGGAGAUGCAGUUAGGAUCCAGUACAGAAUAUCCUACUUAUGAAAAGUUAGAUGAAUUUUUAACUACUAGAAUAAGAGCUUUGAAAGCUAUACAAGCUACUAAAAUUACUUCUGAAAAUUUAAAAAGUUCUAAAUCAAGUACAGUAAAGGGUCACACUGCCUCUGUCAUUUCUAAGUGUCCUUUGUGUAAAGAGUACCAUAAUUUAUAUAAAUGUUCUCAAGUUAAGUCACUCUCUGUUGAUCGCCGUAAAGAAAUAGCACAAAAUAACCAUUGUUGUUUUAAUUGUUUAAUCCCCCGUCAUAAGCCUUAUUCUUGUGUGAGUAAAUUUACUUGUGCCAAAUGUCGUCGAAAACAUAAUACGCUUUUACAUCAUGAUAAUAGAGUUGAUUCAAGUCAGGCGUGUUCGUCUCAAACGAGCUUACAAUCAAGUGUGAUUGAUCAAGAAAAUUCGAGUCAAUCGGUUAACGUGAAUCAUGUCUCGAAAACUGAUAAAAAUGAAGUUUUUAAUUUGAAUAAACAUGAUAACGAAAUAGUUAGCACACUUUUAGCUACGGCUCUGGUGGAAGAACCGGGUUGUAAGGCUUUAACUGUACGAGCCUUAGUAUUGCCGAGGUUAACUGCGUACCAUCCUCCCGCGAAGCCUAAAAAUUAUAAUGAAAUAAAAAUGUUUUCACUUGCGGAUCCGAAUCUUUUUGAGGAUUCACCGAUUGAUUUCAUAUUGGGCGCGGAUAAAUUGGGAUCGUGUUUGCUACCGGGUCUAAAACAAGGUAUAGCAGGUAAUUUAACAGCGCAAUCGACAAUAUUUGGUUGGGUUCUUUCGGGUCCAAUUCAUGGUAUCUCUUCUUUUUUAAUGUAUUCUCCAUCAGUACAUAAUAGUGUUUCCAUAGAAACCUUGCAUGAUAACCUGGAAAAAUUUUGGCAGCUAGAAGAACUUCCAACCACAUCCUCUCUAACAGAGGAGCAAAAAAACUGUGAGCAACAUUUUAUUGAUACACAUCAAAGAUUGGUUACUGGUCGGUACAUGGUUCGUUUACCGUUUCAGGAAGGUCCGCCCAUAAACAUUGGAAGUUCUCUCACUAAAUGUCGAAUAGUUCUAAAUCGAGUUUUGCAAAGGUUAUCAAAGGAUCCUGCUCAUUUGGAGCAGUAUAAGACAUUUAUGGGUGAAUAUGAGAGUUUGGGUCAUAUGAGAUUAACCAAAAUCGAGGAUUCUUCUGAUAGAAAGCAGAUUGUUUAUUUGCCUCAUCAUUGUGUAGUUCGAGAGUCGAGUACCACUACUAAAUUGCGAGUAGUUUUUAACGCCUCGAGUUUGACCUCAAAUAACACCUCUUUAAACUCUCAUCUUCACAUAGGUCCACCUUUGUUGAACGAUUUGGUCUCAAUUUUGCUACUUUGGAGGGAGCAUAAGUAUGUUUACGUUACAGAUGUUGCAAAGAUGUUUCGACAAAUUCUGAUUGAUCCCAGAGAUCUUGACUAUCAACGGAUCCUGUGGAAAAAUGAUCGAGAAGAGUUGGUCGCUUAUCAAAUAUUAACUGUUACAUAUGGAACUUCUUGUGCCCCCUACCUUGCAAAUAGAGUCAUAAAGCAAUUAAUAGUAGAUGAAGGUUAUAAGUUUCCUCUUGCACAAUUGGUACUAGAGGGAACUAUUUAUGUUGAUGACGUGUUUAUUGGGGCUGAUGACCUGGGUACCGCAAACCAAACCAGGGAACAAGUCUCUGACCUUAUGGAGAGUGGGGAAUUUCAUUUGCGCAAAUGGGCCUCUAAUAAUGCUGGUUUACUAAGAAAUUGUGCCGUUGGCAGUCAUGAGAGAGCUCUAGAAUUUUCCUCCCCAGGAGAUGCUCAUUUGAAAGUGCUAGGUUUGAAAUGGGACCCAGUCGAUGAUUCUUUUUGUUUUGAGGUUGAGUUGGACUUAAUUGAUAUUCCUACAAAACGAGUAGUGUUGUCAUGCAUUUCAAAGUUAUAUGAUCCUCUGGGCUGGCUCACUCCAGUAGUAGUAAAGGCUAAACUUUUAAUGCAGGAAUUGUGGUUGCGAAAAAUUAGUUGGGACGAAAAAUUACCUCAAGACUUGUUAUCUCAAUGGUUCGAAUAUUAUAAUGAUCUAGUAAAUUUAGAGGCUUUAAAAAUCCCAAGAUGGAUAGGUUCGAUCUCUUCCGAUUCACGUUAUGAGUUACAUGGAUUUGCGGACGCUUCUAAUAAAGCAUAUGCGGCGAAUGUUUACUUGUGUGUUUUGGAUGCUAAAAAUGAAGUAUAUAUUACUUUAUUAAUUUCGAAGUCUAAAGUUGCCCCAAUAACGCCGGUGAGCAUUCCUCGAUUGGAGUUGUGUGCGGCUGUAUUGUUGGCUCGAAUCAUGAAAUUUGUGACAUACACAAUGAAAUUUAUGUCAGUACCACAAUACUGUCACACAGACUCCAGUGUAGUGCUAGCAUGGCUUCGUAAACAUCCUUUAACUUGGAAGACCUUUGUGGCCAAUCGUGUUGCUUUAAUCCACGAAUUGGUACCAGAGGCACAUUGGCUUCAUGUUGAUUCCAAGGAUAAUUCCGCAGAUUGUGCUUCUCGUGGCUUACUUUCAAGAGAAAUCAUUGAUCAUGCCUUGUGGUGGAAGGGUCCUACAUGGCUUUCGGAUUCAACUACUGUUUGGAUAGAAAAUUCCGAAUCGGAAAUUAUUACAACCGAAUUGGAAUCAAAAUCUACUAAGUUGAGUUGUAAUUUUAUUGAAACAAUAAAUGAUAAUGAUCUUAUCAACAGGUUUUCUUCUUGGCCUAAAUUGUUAAGAAUCGCAACCUUGUGCUUACGUUUUAUUAAAAAUUGUAAAUUUCGUAAUGACUCAAAACCUUUGCAUAAUUAUACCAUUGAAAUUAAUCAAACACGAUUAUUGUUAAUUAAAUUAGUUCAAGGUCAAUUUUUUGAUUCGGAAUUACGGGAUCUUAUUAAAUCUAAAAGCAUUUCGAAAACGUCUUCUCUGCGAUCAUUAUGUCCUUUUUUGGAUAGUGAAGAAAUUCUACGCGUAAGUGGGAGACUUCGUAAUGCCCCUAUCGCAUAUAAUGAAAAGCACCCUAUAAUAUUACCUCGCCAUAAGAUCAGUGAAUUAAUAGCUGCCCAUGCUCAUUUAACAAGUCUGCAUGGAGGAAUUAAUUUGACGUUACAUACCAUGAGACAGAAUUAUUGUGUCAUGGGAGUUCGUUCUUUGAUUAAAAAUAUAAUUAACCAUUGUGUGAUUUGCAUUCGAGAAAAGGCGGUAGUUGUACAACAGCUAAUGAGCGAUCUUCCAGAGUUUAGAGUGAGCCCUAGUCGUCCCUUUUGCCACACUGGGGUUGAUUAUGCUCGGCCCUUUGAUGUAAAAUUAAAUUCAGGAAGAGGAUACAAAAGUAUAAAAACUUACAUAGCACUAUUCAUUUGUUGUUCGUCACGUGCUAUUCAUUUAGAAUUGGUUUCCGACCAUACAUCUUUGGCCUUUUUAACCGCAUUUCAACGUUUUGUAUCUAGGCGUGGAAUACCGUCAAAUCUUUAUAGUGAUAAUGGUACUACAUUUGUAGGAGCCAAUAAUGAACUAAAAAGAUGUAUUAGUAAAUUACGUAAUGAUGUCGAGUUGCAUAAGCGAUUGAAUUUCCAAGGAACGGAAUGGAAAUUUAUUCCUCCUUCUGCUCCUCAUUUUGGGGGUUUGUGGGAGGCAGGAGUAAAAAGUGUAAAACACCAUUUAAGAAGAAUUGUUGGUAACCAUAAAUUAACAUUUGAAGAGUUUUACACUUUGCUUGUCCGCAUUGAAGCUAAUUUGAAUUCACGUCCCAUUGCGCCUCUUUCCGAUAGCUUUGACGACUUUUCGUAUUUAACUCCGGGACAUUUACUCAUUGGUGCACCUAUUACUGCUGUACCAGAGCCGUCGUUAGAGUUCACACCAGAAAAUCGUUUAAAUCAGUGGGGAAUUAUUCAAAAAAUUUCGGAAAUUUUUUAG